UCUCUCUUUCUCUCCAUCUCAGAUCCUCAUCAUACAUAUACAACACUUUAGCUUAAUUGGAUCUGUAACACUUAACCACCAUAAUUUUUCUUUCUCCAUCUUCUACUCUGUUUAUAACAAGAAGAAUUUGAGAAAGAAUGCGAAAUCUUAGCUCAGUCAAGCGAGAAUUCCUCCGGAAAUGGAUAACGGGACUAGGAAAAUAUAGCUCUCAGAAGAAGAACAUGAGCUUGUUGGAGAGAAAGAAAGCCAUAAAGCUGUGUGCAGAUUUAGCCAUGGCUUCAACUAGAGACGAAACCACGCGCUGGAGCCGUGUCCUUAUAGACAAUGCUUCCAGAGACGACAGCAAUAAGGUCUUCACUGAACACAUGUUAGGUUCAACACAGCACCGCCAGAAGGUAAGGGAAAACUUCACGAAUUCGUUGACGACGUCGACGUCGUCGUCACAGGUUUACAACAGCAGAAUAAGGAUAAGAAGUAGAAAGAUCGUGAGAAGAAGCCGUACAGUACAGAGAACAAAAGAAAGGGUGACGGCGAGUUUUAUUGCCAAGAGGUUGUUACAGAAGAGAACACGAAGACUCAAGAGUCUCUUACCAGGUGGUGAAUUCAUGGAUGAUGUGUCUUUGCUUGAAGAAACCCUAGAUUAUAUACAAUCCCUCCGAGCUCAAGUUGAAGUUAUGGGAUGUACUCUUGUCACUGCCUCCAAGCUCAUCAAAAUUCCAUCGUAAAUAUUUCUAUAUAGAUUAUUAUAAUUAAAUCCAUAGCGAUUAUUAAUUAGCUUCUUUAUUAUAUUAUAUUUUUAUUUUUGAAAAUAUUCCCCACUUCACACUUUCUCUUUGCAAGCUAGAAGUGAUCGAGAAAAAGAAGCGCUUCCAUAUAUACAAUAAGGCAAUGUACAGAGGAAAACAUAUAUGUAAGUCAAUCAAAUUAUGUUUUUACUUCCAUCAUGAUGCUUGGAAGAUAUAUAUAUUGAUUAGCUUCACAUAUAUGUAUAUAUGUGUGCGUGUUUAUCUUUGA